AUGUCAACAAACGUUUUUGCAAUGGUCCUUGUGGCCAUGACCUUGUUGAUGACCACCUUGUCAUCAUCAUCCACUCUCCUCUUUGUCAAUGGCCAAACACUCAGUGGCGAUCUCACAAUCAAGACUCCAAAAACUUCAUUGACUUGCCAACGAACUGUGACUUACACUCCAACCACCACCACUGUGACUUUUGACAGUACCGGCAGAUGCAAUCUCAACGCCACAAAAUCACUCUCUCUUGGAACAUUCACUGGCAUGAAUUUACAAGCCAGUGUCAGUGUUCUUCCAAUGAUCAAAAUGACAGCUCAAGCAGGUGUCACCUUGUCUGUGAAUAUUUUAGGUAAAAUGACAAGUAUCGAUUUUGCAUUCAACGUUGGUGCUAGCAUGGGUUUCGAUGCAAUCUUUGAAUAUUUGGAUAAUGAUUCUAAUCCAGGUUAUCAACCAAGUGGUACUGAUCAAAUUGUCAAAUCCUAUCCAUUGACUUCCCUUCAAUGGUCUCAAUUGAAUGUUGUUUCUACCAAAAUUGAUGCCAACACAACGUUCUAUCAACUCUCAACAGAAGCUCAAGUCGGAACAUUGUGUAAAGUCAAAUUGAUUGGAUAUCUCACUACGAGCGAAGUCGUUCUCUCAAGUAAUGCAUUUGUUUCAAGAGAUGGUGUUCAACAAAUUCUCGUUCCUUCCUCCUUUAAAACUUCCCUUCAAGUUUUGAAUAUUGCACCUUCGAAUGCAGCAGCAAAAAUUGGUAUUUCCACACUCGUGGCAUUCCGUGGAAAGGUCAAUGCUAAGAGUACACGAGCUGCCUCCACUCCAGCCAAAGGAGAGGAACGUCCUGACGAUGACUCUGCCGAUCAGAGUGUUCUUCAAGUUGAUACCUCUUCCUACUUGUCUGGACUUUCGAAUUUACCAAAUGGAUUCCAAAUUCCAAAACCCUUCUUCUCCUAUCAGACCUUUGUGAGUAAAUUGAGUGCAUCUGGAACUGUUUCGAUUGGAAGAUCAAAACUUGUCUCAACCUCUUUGACUCAAGUCACUGAAGUGAGUGAUGUGAACACAGAAAUGACAAGAUCCAUCAGUGGUUCUUCUGUCUGGAGAUUUUAUGCAUCAUUGACUGAACAAGUUCAGAACUUUGUGUGGGAUCCUUCGGUUGGUAAUUCAGAUGAACGUCCUCCUUCACCAACAGUGGUUUCUGGAGCUCACAAAGUGAAUGGAAUGGUUGUCAUGAUGAUGAUGGUUGGUAUGAUGAUCAUGUUGCUGUUCAUGUAA